AUGGACAUGACUGACAAGGACGGUGAUGUAACUAUGAACUGCAACCCCUUCGGCGACGGUAUAAAUGACGGCAACCACGAAGAUCAUGACCUUAUCAGCGACAAUGUAGAUGAAGAAGAGCAAAGUGGCGAUGAGACUCCUGUCGGUGAUGAAGCCCCUGUCCGCGAUGCCGUGAGAGACAGUCUGUUCUCUGAUCCGUAUAUUCUGGAUACAGCUAAUUCAUUUAGAAUUGAGGGGAACCAGAUAGUAACCCGGAACCAUAAAAGCUGCUUGGUCUUUUGCCUCAAGGCGAGAUACUUCGAGGGUUGGAAGGCGCGCCAUCAGAUUAGUGUCAGCACCGAUUUUAGCCCGCAUAAGGAGCCGCGCGCGCAUACCACUCAAUUGACGGGGUGUAGUUCUCAAGGCAAGGAAGAGAGGGCCGAUCAGAUCGAGACUCGUUAUGAUUGUCAUCGCAGGGGCGAGAAGUACGAACGCAAAGAUAGAUAA